AUUUUCAAUUAAACUGCUGUGGCACAGAUUUGCUUUACUUUUAAAAAAUAUGUGUAUAUAUCUAUAAAUUAUUACAGAAUUACUUUCGCUUUUCCACGAUCCACGCGACUUUCUGUAGUGACGUCAGCUCGUGGAUCUUGUCACCCACAGUGGCAAGAUGGCUACGGAACCAAAUAAGACCGAAAUCCUGACGAUUUUCAAAAGAUUGAGAGCAAUUCCUACAAACAAGGCUUGCUUCGACUGCGCUGCCAAAAACCCGAGCUGGGCCAGCAUCUCGUACGGCGUGUUCCUGUGCAUCGACUGCUCCGGCAUCCACCGCUCGCUGGGCGUCCACCUCAGCUUCAUCAGGUCCACAGAGUUGGACUCCAACUGGAACUGGUUCCAGCUCAGAUGCAUGCAGGUCGGAGGGAACGCCAAUGCGACGGCCUUCUUCCGUCAGCACGGCUGCUCCACCAACGACACCAACGCCAAGUACAACAGCCGCGCCGCCCAGAUGUACCGGGAGAAGAUCCGGCAGCUGGCUAACGCGGCGCUGUCAAAGUACGGCACCGAGCUGUGGAUCGAUUCGUCUGCAGGAGCAGCGUCCGCCGCCGCCGCCGAGAAGAAGGACGACGACUUCUUCGCUGAACAUUCACAGUUUUCUAAUGACUGGAGCAUAGCGCCCCCUGCAGAGCAGAACGGAGCCGCUGGUUCCCCCCAGCUGACCGGCGACUCGGCGCCUAAAGCCCAGGAUGACGGCCAACCGGAGGACGGGCCGAGCAUCGACGGUCUGAGCACGUCGCCCAAAGCCUCCAUUGCGGACUCCAUGCGUUUGUCCCCGCAGAGCGGCGCUCCGGCUGCAGAUGUGAAGCCGUCCAUCAUUGGGAAGAAGAAACCCAUGGCUGCUAAAAAAGGGCUCGGAGCAAAGAAAGGUCUGGGAGCGCAGAAGGUGAGCAGCAAAAGCUUCUCUGAGGUGGAGAAGCAGGCGCAGGUGGCCGAGAAGCUGAGGGAGGAGCAGGUGGCCGAGGCCAAGAAGCAAGCCGAGGAGUCCAUAGUGGCGUCCAUGCGGCUGGCCUACCAGGAGCUGCAGAUCGACAGGAAGAUAGAGGAGAAGAAGCUGCAGAACCUGGAGGGGAAGAAGAGGGAGCAGGCGGAGCGGCUGGGGAUGGGCUUCGGCGGCCGCAGCGUCGUGUCUCACUCCGUGAUGUCAGAGAUGCAGGUGAUCGAGCAGGAGACGCCGGCGGGAGCCAAGACGUCGUCCCGCUCCAAACUGGACCCGUUUGACGAGCCGGGAUUCACCUCUGGACCCCCAAAGUAUAAGGACAACCCGUUCACGGUGGGAGACGGCUUCGGGUCGCGGUGGGACGCCGACGGCGCCUCCGCAUCGUUCACCACCUCCUGGACUCUGGAGAAGGACGAGCCCAAGGAGGAAUUCACCAUCUCCAGCAUCCAGCCAAUCGGAGAGAGGCUGCCCAGCCGGAGGAAACCUGAGGCGUCGUGCGUCGGGUCGGAGUCCAGCGAGGCCAGGGAGAAGUUCGCCAAUGCCAAGGCCAUUUCCUCCGACAUGUUCUUCGGUCGGGAGAGCGACGCCGAGUACGAGGCAAAGACGAAGCUGGAGAGUCUGUCGGGCAGCAGCUCCAUCAGCUCCGCCGAUCUGUUCGGAGACGGCAGCGACAGCAGAGGCCGGGUUUCGGGUUUAGACAGCGUUCUGCCCUCCGGCCCGGACAUGGCCCAGUUCAAGCAGGGGGUGAAAACCGUGGCGGGGAAGAUGGCCGUCCUCGCCAACGGUGUGAUGAACACCAUCCAGGACCGCUACGGGUCGUACUGAGCGGCGCCGGCAGAACCGACCGGCAUCGAUCCAAACGGACGAGCGCGUUUGGAGCGAGGAGACGGGCGAGACGCGGGAAGGCUUGCAUGGGAAAAACGGCGUCACCUGUCCUGUCGUCCACUAGAGACAGUAUUUCUUCCCUCAUUAGCAGAAUCGUGACUUUUAUUUUCAUAAACCAUCAGAAAGUAUCGAAUCUUUUCUAAAACGGCCGUUGUUCUGUCCACAACCUGCUGGUCGUAGAUUUUCAACCUGAAGACUUAAAUCUUUAUUUUCUUUAUCCAGAAAUUAAUGUGAUUUUGAUUCUUAACAUUUAAAGUUUUUGUUUUAUUGUGAUACUAAAACCAAUGCGCAGUGUUUCCUUCAUAAAUCCAUCAUGUUUAAAAGCUGCUGACCUUCAGUUGAGUUUGGUUGUUUUUCUGCUGUGAGAAGCUCUGAAAACAGUCCAGAGCUGACCGGCCGUAUGGAGACAAAUCAGGGCCACAAAGUUUGUUUAACAAAACAAAAUAAUUAAUGAGGCAUUUUUAACUUCCAUCUGUUUCAAAAUAAUUUUUUUAGCUGAAAUAAAUUUAGUUUUAAAUAUUUUUCCCAGUUAAUUGUUUAUCUUCUAGCUUCAAAUCUUUAUUUUCAGUUUCCAAAUAAAUUUGUUUAGGAUCUGGUUUUUUCAGUAACAUUUUAUUUUAAAUGUUUUUCACAGUUAAAAAUAAUUAAAUAUUUUUGUUCCAGCCUUUAAAUUAUUUUCCUUUGGUAAGCAAGUUUUAUGGCCCUUAUUUAGCUCCAUACAGCAUCUCUGACCUCUGCUGCCCUGAUGCAAACCUCUGGAUUGGCUUAGCAGAGGUCAGAGGUCACAGCUCCUGGAUGGAGGCUCAAGUCUGAGGCUCAAGUCUGCUGUAAACGAGCUCAGAAACGGUUCGAUGUGCUGGAUCCGGACCGGGUCGCCGGGUUCUGAGCAGAUUCGACGGUCAGCAGAUGUUUGUCAUGUUUUUUUGCCCCGAUAGAAUCCAAUCACAUGUGGACUGAAAGGAUCAAGAUAUUUAUUUGUAGGCUACAAAAAGAACCGUGUCCAGUCUGUCAAUAAAGAUGGAAAACCCUCAAA